UAUCACUGUUCACCACUCGCCUCUCUUCCCAAAACCCACAAUUUCACCACAGAAAAAAGUGUGAGUCUUUCCAAUCCUCUCAGAGCUUAGAGCAGCAGCGAGCAAACCGCCACUCUCAGCCCAUGAAGAUAAAGAACAAAGGCAAAGUCCACCCAUCUCCUUCCUCCUCCUCAUCUUCUUCCGAUGGAGUUGUUCUCUCCGUGCUCCAGCUACUCCCAGCUGCUAUUCUAGCUCUGGCCACGGUUCUCUCCCUCGAGGACCGCGAGGUCUUGGCUUACAUGAUAACCCGUUCCAUGAAAACCACACCCUCUUUUUCUUUCUCAAACACCACCACCCAAGAUUCCAAGAAGAAAUCUAUGAGGAAAUCUAGUAGUAAAGCCGGCAGGACUCAGAGCCAGAGCAACAACCACCAGCCGCCGAUGUUCGAUUGCGAGUGCUUCGACUGCUACAGAAGCUACUGGUUUAAGUGGGACUCCUCCCCCAACCGCGAGCUCAUCCACCAGGCCAUUGAGGCUUUCGAGGACCACCUGGCCCACGGCGAGAAGCCCAAGAAGAACGCCGGCAGGGGGAAGCGAAGAGACAAGAUGGGCCGCCGCGAGGCCCAAAAAUCUGCCGACAAUUCCUCCAAAGAUGAAGUCUUUGUGGCGGAGGAGAAUGUAGUGAUCAGCUCAGUUGCCGAGGUGGUGUUGCCUCUGUGCGACGUCGUUUCGGUGGGGCCCCCGGAGAAAGUUGAGGAGUUGGAAGUGGAAGAGCAAGCUGUGGAGGUUAAGACGGAGACGACGGCGGACGACGUGGCGUUGGUUGUACGCGCCGCGGCGGUGAGCAACCACAAGGGCCUGGCCAGGAAAGUACUUCCGGACGUGUUGGGGCUAUUCAAUUCUCGUUUGUGGAAUCUUUGGAGUCCGAAUGCGUAGGAAAAAAAAAAAAAAAGUAUUUGGAAAAAGGAAAAUGGGAAUUUCUUUUUUAACUUUUCGAGCCUCAAAAAAAGAGGGAGGAAGUAUUAUAAUUUUGGUGGUAGGUUAAGUUUUGUGCUCGAAAUAUAGGUAUUGUCAAUUUCUCCCUCACUCCCACUCAAUGAAAAUGUUUAUUAUUA